CAGUCACCUGGCAGCUCUAGGCUCUGGGCGAGGCCAGCCAGGAGGGGACUUCUGGGGCCGCAGGAAGAGUCAGUGAAGACAGUUCAGGCUGGAGGCAGCCGCAGCGACCCAGGCCAGGCGGCCUCAGCCCCACGCGCCUGCCGCCAUGCAGGACGGUAACUUCCUGCUGUCGGCCCUGCAGCCGGAGGCUGGCGUGUGCUCCCUGGCGCUGCCCUCGGACCUGCAGCUGGACCGCCGGGGCACAGAGGGGCCGGAAGCCGAGCGUCUGCGAGCUGCCCGAGUCCAGGAGCAGGUCCGAGCCCGCCUCCUGCAGCUGGGCCAGCAGCCGAGGCACAACGGGACAGCUGAGCAUGACGGGGUCUCUGGGACAGCCAGAGGUGCGUUCCGCGGCCAGUACCACACCCUACAGACUGGUUUCAGCUCACGCUCCCAGGGCCUGAGUGGGGACAGCACCUCGACCUUCCGGCCCAUCGCCAAGCCCACCUACAGCCCAGCCUCCUGGUCUUCCCGUUCAGCUGUGGACUUGAGCUGCAGUCGGAGGCUGAGCUCUGCCCACAAUGGGGGCAGUGCCUUUGGGGCUGUGGGAUACGGGGGAGCCCAGCCCGCCCUACCCAUCCCCCCCCGGCCUGUGUCCUUCCACGAGCGCUGCGGCAUAGGGAGCCGGGUGGACUAUGACACCUUGUCCCUACGCUCACUGCGGCUGGGGACCGGGGGCCUGGAUGACCACUGCAGUGUGCUGUCAGAGCAUCUGGAGCCUGCCACCACCUACGAGCGCCAGGCCAGCUCCAGUUCUGGCCGGGCAGGGGGCCUGGACUGGCCGGAGGCCGCUGAGGGGCCGCCCAUCCGCACCAUCCGUGCUCCCGCCAUGCGGACCCUGCAGCGGUUCCAGAGCAGCCACCGCAGCCGUGGGGGAGCUGGGGUGAUGCCGGGGGGCAUGCUGGAGCCCGUGACCCGAGCGCCAUCCGUGCGCAGCCUCAGCCUCAGCCUGGGUGACUCUGGCCACCUGCCGGAUGUGCGUGGGCUGGACAGCUACAGCGGCCACCGCACCCUGCAGAGACUCAGCAGCGGCUUCGACGACAUUGACCUGCCGUCAGCAGUUAAGUACCUCAUGGCCUCAGACCCCAACCUGCAGGUGUUGGGAGCAGCCUACAUCCAGCACAAGUGCUACAGCGACGCAAUGGCCAAGAAGCAGGCCCGCAGCCUCCUGGCUGUGCCCCGGCUGGUGAAGCUCUUCAACCACGCCAACCAGGAGGUGCAGCGCCACGCCACGGGCGCCAUGCGUAACCUCAUCUAUGACAACGCGGACAACAAGCUGGCAUUGGUGGAGGAGAAUGGCAUCUUCGAGCUGCUGCGGACACUGCGCGAACAGGAUGACGAGCUUCGCAAGAACGUCACAGGGAUCCUGUGGAACCUGUCCUCCAGCGACCACCUAAAGGACCGCCUGGCCCGAGACACGCUGGAGCAGCUCACAGACCUGGUGCUGAGUCCCCUCUCGGGGGCCGGGGGGCCACCCCUCAUACAGCAGAACGCCUCUGAGGCCGAGAUCUUCUACAAUGCCACAGGCUUUCUCAGGAACCUCAGCUCGGCGUCCCAGGCCACUCGCCAAAAGAUGCGCGAGUGCCACGGGCUGGUGGACGCCUUGGUCACCUACAUUAACCACGCCCUUGACGUGGGCAAGUGUGAGGACAAGAGCGUGGAGAACGCAGUGUGCGUGCUGAGGAACCUGUCCUACCGCCUGUAUGACGAGAUGCCGCCGUCCGCCCUGCAGCGGCUGGAGGGCCGGGGCCGCAGGGAUGUGGCCGGGGCGCCACCGGGCGAGGUGGUGGGCUGCUUCACGCCGCAGAGCCGGCGGCUCCGAGAGCUACCCCUCACGGCCGAUGCCCUCACCUUUGCGGAGGUGUCUAAGGAUCCCAAAGGCAUGGAGUGGCUGUGGAGCCCCCAGAUCGUGGGCCUGUACAACCGCCUGCUGCAGCGCUGUGAGCUCAACCGGCACACCACGGAGGCGGCUGCCGGGGCCCUGCAGAACAUCACCGCCGGCGAUCGCAGGUGGGCAGGAGUGCUCAGCCGCCUGGCUCUGGAGCAGGAGCGUAUACUGAACCCUCUGUUGGACCGUGUUCGGACGGCUGACCACCACCAGCUGCGCUCACUGACCGGCCUCAUCCGAAACCUGUCUCGGAAUGCCAGGAACAAGGACGAGAUGUCCACCAAGGUAGUGAGUCACCUGAUCGAGAAGCUGCCGGGCAGUGUGGGUGAGAAGUCUGCCCCAGCUGACGUGCUGGUGAACAUCAUAGCUGUGCUCAACAACCUGGUGGUGGUCAGCCCCAUCGCCGCCCGAGACCUGCUCUACUUCGACGGGCUCCGCAAACUGGUCUUCAUCAAGAAGAAGCGGGACAGCCCUGACAGUGAGAAGUCCUCCCGGGCGGCCUCCAGCCUCUUGGCCAAUCUGUGGCAGUACAACAAGCUCCACCGAGAUUUCCGCGCGAAGGGCUAUCGAAAGGAGGACUUCCUGGGCCUGUAGGCGAGGCCUUCCUGGAGGAGGAGAGUACGACUCGGCCCAGCCUCAGAGGGACGGCUCAGCACCGAGCUGCUUGUCGGCCAGCCUGAAGGAGAAGGCUGAUGUCCCAGGAGCAGCUCCUAGGAGCCUUGCGUACAACUUUGAAGGGCCUGGGUCACCAGGGAGAGAACAUGGGAUGGGGGCUUGCAGCUGGGGACUGGGCUUCUGCAGGGCAGGGAGAAGGGCAGGGCUUGAGGCUGCUCUGGUGCAUGGGGUGGUGACCAGGUCACAUUGGUAGAGGUGGGGCUGGCCAGGGCCAGCAGUGCCUCAGAAUAGCCAGUGCUGAGAAUAAAGGUGAUCGUGAACA